UGUUGAUCCCCGACUGCCAACUUCCCGACGCCACUGACCAGGCAACAUCCCCACGUCAACGAGUCCUACCUCCCCGUCUUUGUUGAGGUUCUCAAGAAGGAACUUAAAAUUUGCCGGUGGGACUCACAGGUACGUGAUAAAUAACAGAGAACCACUCUUCUGCGAGCGCAACCAGUUCAUCAUGUCGUACCCCGGUCCUCCAGGUGUAUCCAGCAACUCGUCGCACCCUUCGCUGCCACCACGACCACCAGCCCCAGCCAAGCAGCCAUCGGGCUUCAAGCCAGCAUUUCCACAGGCGACGAACUCAUCAUCCCCAUCCUACCCAUCCUAUGCUCCCAGCCCAGCUCCCAGUUAUCCGACAGCCACCUCGUACUCGAAUGGCCCCAGCUACGGUGCUGCCCCUCCACGCCAAUAUGUCGCCCAACCCACCACGGCACCCUACCCCUCCUACUCGCAACCUCCCACCAUAGGUGGAGGCCCUACCACCUACCAGCAGUCAUCCUCAUACAACUACCCCCAACGAAACUAUCCACAACAACAGGCCUACUUCGGCGGCGCCAGCAGCGCGAGCUACUCAACUCCGCCUCAGAUUCGCAACCCCUUCCCCGCACCCGACCCAUCCGGCGGCGGCGGCGGCGGCGGCGACCACGACGCCGAGAUGGCUGCCCAGAUAGCCCAGUGGCAGAGCGCGUACAUGCCAAAAGAAGCGGUCGACCCUACCGGCAAGCACCCCGGCGGCGGCCGGUUCGGCGGCGGGGCUAACGCGGGCGCGUCGGCGGUGACGGGAGCAGCCGGGGCGGCGGCGGCGACAGCGGCGGCGGACGCUGCAAAGGCGACGGAUGCGGCGGACCCCGGCGCAGCGGCCGCGGCGGGAGACGGGAAGAAGAAGACGGUGUACCGCGAGGGCGGCGGCAAGAAGUGGAUGGACGACACGCUGCUCGAGUGGGAUCCCAACCACCUGCGGCUCUUCGUGGGCAACCUGGCCGGCGAGGUGACGGACGAGUCACUGCUCAAGGCCUUCUCGCGGUGGACCAGCGUGCAGAAAGCCAAGGUGGUGCGGGACAAGCGCACGACCAAGAGCAAGGGCUACGGGUUCGUGAGCUUCUCGGACCCGGACGACUUCUUCCAGGCGGCCAAGGAGAUGAACGGCAAGUACAUCCAGAGCCACCCCGUGGUCGUGCACAAGGCCAAGACCGAGAUCAAGCCCCAGAUCACCAAGGACGACCGUCGCGGCCGGGGCAAGAACAACAAGAAGGGCCGCGGCAACAAGAGCGGCAGCGGCUCGGGCAGGGGCGACGGUGCCGCCCCCGGAUACGAGCCGCACCUUGGCCCGGCCGCUGGCUCCGGCAUUACGAAGCCCGGCCAGAAGACGAGGGGCGGCCUCAAGCUCCUGGGUUAGCCCAGUCUUGCUCGGCUAUCUGGGAGCGGAGCGCACUUUGAUUUCCAUCGCCUUACCUGGUGGGGACAGGAAGAAAGCUAUGAUCUCAUCGGGCGUGGAUAUUGAGUCGAUCAAGACGGUAUUCAGCAGGCGAGGCACGGGAAAGUGCUCAGAGAAACCUAGAGAACGUGCAUUGGAGGCAACUGGUACUUGACAUUUGCUCUCGGCGUUGGGGGUAGGAACAUACCCAGGAUUAAUGGCUACUUGACGGCAGCAGCAGUUGUAUCGCACUUAGCUAACCGUCUGCGUAUAGAGUCAAGAACAGAAAUUCAUGAAUAAUUCUUCACAAUCCCCAUUUGUAGGAUUUCUACGCUUCCUCGUUCUUCUGAC